AAACACGGAAAUCCUUAACGUUUAGGAAAGCAAGGAGUGAUAGUCGUGCAGCAUUAUAAAUGUCUCACUACCUCUUCUAUAAGUGCACUAAGUAGGGUGUGAGAUAACAGCUUCUGCAGCCUAUAUGAUGUAUUAUGUGUCGUAUAGUGAGCCGUUUGGGAUUUAGCAUCGGACUUCAGCUCUCAGGGCAGACAAGUUAUAACGCAUGCGCUCUAUGCUAGUAAAUAAGCGUCUGAUUCAUAACAGCGAAAAGUGGAGUUGAGUGGUAUGGCUGGAAGCUCCCUGGCAGAGAAACACUUCAGAUUUGUGGUUGUAGGUGGAGGAAUUUCAGGGGUCACCUGUGCAGAACAGCUGGCCUUCCAGUUUCCUAAGGAUGAAGUUGCUCUUCUGACCGCUGCUCCACUGGUGAAGACGGUGACUAAUUUAAAACAGGUGUCCAAGACUUUGGAGGAGUUUGAUGUGGAAGAACAGCCAUCCAGCGUCUUGGAGGAGAAGUAUCCUAACCUGAAGGUUAUUCACUCAGCAGUCAGAGUCCUCCGUGCAAAACAGCAUGUGCUGCAGACUGAGGAUGGACAUAACUUCCGUUAUGAGAAGCUGUGUGUGUGCACCGGUGCCAGACCUAAACUCCUCAUCGAGAACCCUCAUGUGCUGGGGAUACGUGACACAGACAGUGCCCAGGAUUUUCAGAAGAAGCUUUGCAAAGCCAAGCGCAUGAUAGUUAUUGGGAAUGGAGGAAUUGCUUUGGAAUUGGUCUAUGAAGUGGAGGGCUGUGAGGUGAUCUGGGCGAUAAAGGACAAGGCCAUAGGGAAUACAUUCUUUGAUGCUGGAGCUGCUCAGUUCCUCAUCCCCUCACUGGAGGUCGAGAAGCCUGAGAAAACACUUCCCUGCAAGAGAGCACGCUAUACCAUCGACAGAGCCGUAAAUCCUAAAGCAGGUUCAUUAGAUCAUGGUAGUGCGUUAGGUCCAGACUGGCACCAAGGCAUCAGUCUAAGAGGAGCAGAGGAGGUGUCACACAAUGUACAUGUAGAGUAUGAGUGUGAGAUUGAAGCAGUCCACUCCCAGGAAGACUUCAUGCAGUCACCACUCUAUACACAGAACAGUGAUUUAGGGACGUGGUCAGUUUAUGCACAGUUAACCAAUGGGAAGGUUUAUGGCUGUGACUUCAUAGUCAGUGCUACAGGUGUGGUCCCAAAUACUGAACCUUUUCUUCAGGGUAACAAUUUUGAGCUGGCAGAGGAUCAUGGCCUGAGGGUUGAUGAGCACAUGCGGACAUCUGAACCAGACGUGUAUGCAGCUGGAGAUGUGUGCAGUGCAGGCUGGGAGCCUAGUCCCCUUUGGCAGCAGAUGCGCUUGUGGACUCAGGCACGUCAGAUGGGCUUCUACGCCGCACGCUGCGUAGCAGCCCACGUGCUGGAGGAGGCCAUCGAACUGGACUUCUGCUUCGAGCUCUUUUCACACAUCACCAGGUUCUUCAAUUACAAGGUCGUGCUGCUGGGCAAGUUUAAUGCUCAGGGCCUAGGCUUGGAUCAUGAACUGCUGGUGCGCUGCACUAAAGGCCUGGAGUACGUGAAGGUGGUGUUGAGCCGAGGGCGCAUGGUGGGGGCUGUCCUUAUCGGAGACACUGACCUGGAAGAGACUUUUGAGAACCUCAUCCUCAACCAGAUGGAUCUGUCCUCAUAUGGGGAGGAGUUGCUUAACCCUAACAUUGACAUUGAGGACUACUUUGACUGAAUUAAGAUGCUGAGGAUCCUGAUUAGGGAUUGUACAGGUGCAUACAAAGUUUUUAACAUUAUAAUAUAUAAAAUCAUAAAACAGGGAUAGCAGAAUGUCAUUAAGUGCAAUAUUAAGCUGCCUGUACAUUAUUUAAAGCUGUCGUAUAAUUUCAAAGAUUCCUUUUUUUUUUUUUUUUAAAGGUAAAUUAUAUUGCCAAUAUUGCAAUAGGCUUGGCUAGUUUCUUCAUUUACAUCUUGGAAAUAAUCUCCGUCCCCAAGUGGAACACAGUUGCUCAGCCCUGACCUUUAUCCUUAAAAGGUUACUCACGAAGAAUUUGUAGUAGACGGGGUGGGUUUAGUUGUGGGACAGAUGAAGAUUUCCAUGUCAGUGGCAAGUCACCUUAAUCUGCCUUUAAAGAAGUAAUAAGCACCAUCUUUCUAGUAACAUGAUGGACAUCAGUAUUGGAAAUCACUUCUGGUGGUCUUAUUGGCCAGUUACACAUCAUGCUGAAUGAACAAACACAUUUAUUUAGUUAGUUAGUUUACUUCAUUGACCUGCAGCCCAUUUGGAUCCCAACCCUCUAUAUCAACUGGCAGACCGCGGUCCGGAUAUGGACACAAUAAAGUAUUUCACCUGAACAAAUAAAAAAAGUGAAUAUACAGUUGAAGAGCGUGUCAAUCUAACCAAUGAAAAAAUGGCUAUAGUUAAACAACUCUGCAGGCUGUAGUUAAUGCUUCUAAUCAUCAACCAGCUUGGCUUCUGUAGCAGACCCUCUGUUGUGGUUUAUGUAGACCAGAGUGAGCUAAAGCAGACAGAACGGGAAGUUUUGAUUGAAUUGUUUAAAGAUAGAUGGGCAGAGAUAUAUGCAAUAUUUUCCCCCUACUUCCCCCUAAGUUAAAAACAGCUGUUACUGAGAACAGCAGUGUGCACCAGGGCAAAAAAUAAAUAAAUAUAUUAUUUACUAAUCAAUAUUAUUUAAGCUUAUUUAAGCUGCUUAUCUGGAUCUUUGUGAGUAAGAAAUUUUAUGUAACUAGACCUUCACAAAUUUUAGUUGAUGACCCCUGCACUACAAUUAUACCAUCUGUAAUCCAGACUAUUAGACUUACUUCUUUAUGAAACCACUAAAUAAAGCUAAAUGACCCCAUUUUGUAACUACGUUCAAUAUCACCAAAUCAACAGGCAAAUAAUGUCUCUCUGUCUUCCACAAUCAUUUUCUCACCCUAUUACCCACCAUACUCCAGCACGUACUCAGGAUAUAUCUGGUCAGAAUUAAAGACAACAAAAAUCCUAGGACAUAAUGUAUUGUCAACACAGCUGUCAUGUAUAUUUUCAAUUUGGUCACCAUCAGGUUUGCAGAGAGCAGGUCGUCCAGUUGUGUACUUCCCAACAAUCACACGCGCAAGGAACAUUAUUCGUGUGUCGUUAACUCCCUGGCUUCUACUGUACUUGUCUGCGUAGGUUGCAUGUAGGGCAAAGUAUGUACCUAGAAGAAAAUGUAUAACUUUUGUAAUCAUAACUGAAUAUAAUAUGAAGACAAUAAAAUAUCAAACCCAACUAACCU